CGGUAGUACAUUAGUAUCAUUCGGAACGCUCUGUACGCGCUGACAACGGUUUAGAUAAGACGAACAAUUUAAUCAACCGGUUACAACUAACAAGUAACAAGUUGCAAUCAGAACAGUUUUGAAUACAAUUAUCAAAACCGUGAAUAUUGAAUUUUGAUUAAUAGGCAAGUUAUUGAAUUAAAAUUUGUGGUGACCAUGUGGUGAUUUAAGCUAUUAAAAUCGAAAGCAAAUAAAAAAUUGAUAAAACCAAACAUAACACAGUGAAAACCAACAGUAAUCAGUCUUCAUAUUGAUAGAAUACAAAUCAUAAUCAACAACUAACACUAAAAAUGGCAUCUUUUCUUAAAUGGUACAGAUUUUACAGCCACACAUAUCCAAUACGGACCAAUCUCGUUCAAACAGGUAUAUUGUUUGGUCUCGGGGACUUAAUGGCUCAGAGUGCAGUAGAAAAGCGUAAACCCGAUGAAAUCGAUUGGUUACGUACUGUUCGCUAUGCAUCUAUUGGGUGUGCAGUCGGACCAACACUUACUAUGUGGUACAAAUCGUUGGACAGAUUAGGAACUAAAAACACUAUACCAAUAAUAGCUAAAAAAAUAUUAGUUGACCAAACGAUUGCAUCACCAAUUAUUAAUGGAGCUGUAAUGAUUAUGAGUAGAGUAUUCAGUGGUGAUGAAUGGCCACAAAUUCAAAAUAAAUUAGAAGACAACUAUGUGAAAGUUAUGCUUACUAGUUACUUGAUUUGGCCAGCUGUACAGACAUUUAAUUUCUCCAUUGUUCCACAACAAUACAGGGUUCUAACAGUACAAAUAGUUUCAUUAGCUUGGAAUACAUAUCUUUCAUUUAUGAGUGUGGGUGGUGAAAAAUCCAAAUAAUCAAAAUAUCAAAAAAUAUAUAUCAAUGCAUCUAAGGAUGUAUAAUUUUGUUUAUAAAUUUAAAUUUCUAAGUAUAUUUAAUGUAUCAUUUGUUGUUUGAAAUAUAUAUAAAUAUAUAAUUUUUUUUUUUUAAUAUGAAUCUAAUAUUUUCUUUUAUUCUUAAGGUGGAAAACUAUGAACGUAUAGUUUUAAUUUUAGUUGUAUCUUACCAUUUAUGUUAUUAAUAAAAUUGAUUGAAUCUUUAA